AUGGGGUGUGUGUUUGGGAAAGAGUUGAAUGCGAGGAAAUCUGAGGCGGGGAGAGAGGAUGGUGGUGAGCGGAGGAGAGAAGUGGAAGUUAGGGUUGCGAGGGCGGAGGAGAACGAGGUUAGGAAUGGAGAUAAUAAGAAGGAAAAGAAUAGUGAAGUGGUGGAGGAAAGACGGCCAAGAGAAAAAAGGAAUAGGUCUUCAAAACCUAAUCCAAGGUUAAGUAAUCCUCCUAAGCAUUUACACGGUGAACAGGUUGCUGCUGGUUGGCCUUCUUGGCUUUCUGCUGUUGCUGGUGAAGCUAUCAAUGGUUGGACCCCUCGUCGCGCUGAUACUUUUGAGAAACUUGAUAAGAUUGGGCAAGGUACAUAUAGUAAUGUGUACAAAGCUAGGGAUACAUUGACGGGGAAAAUUGUUGCAUUGAAGAAGGUGCGAUUUGACAAUUUGGAGCCCGAGAGUGUAAAGUUCAUGGCUAGGGAGAUUUUGAUCUUGCGUCGAUUGGAUCAUCCCAAUGUUGUAAAACUAGAAGGUUUGGUGACAUCAAGGAUGUCUUGUAGUUUGUAUCUUGUAUUUGAGUACAUGGUGCAUGAUUUAGCUGGACUUGCAGCAAGCCCUAAUAUCAAGUUCACUGAACCUCAGGUCAAAUGUUACAUGCAUCAGCUGUUAUCUGGCCUUGAACAUUGUCACAAUCGCUGCGUCCUCCAUCGCGAUAUUAAGGGCUCAAAUCUUCUUAUUGGCAAUGAUGGAGUGCUCAGAAUUGCUGAUUUUGGACUGGCUUCCUUUUUUGAUCCUAAUCACAAGCAGCCUAUGACUAGCAGGGUGGUUACCUUAUGGUAUCGACCGCCAGAACUCCUUCUUGGGGCCACUGAUUAUGGUGUUGGUGUGGACCUCUGGAGUGCUGGUUGCAUUCUUGCUGAGUUAUUGGCUGGAAAGCCUAUCAUGCCUGGUCGCACUGAGGUGGAGCAACUACACAAGAUAUUUAAAUUAUGUGGCUCUCCAUCCGAAGAGUAUUGGAAAAAGUCAAAGUUGCCACAUGCAACCAUAUUUAAGCCCCAACAAUCAUACAAAAGAUGUAUAGCUGAUACGUUUAAAGACUUUCCACCAUCAUCACUGCCUCUAAUUGAGAAUCUCCUUGCAAUUGACCCGGCUGAACGUCGAACUGCUACUGCUGCAUUGAGGAGUGAAUUCUUCACCACAAAGCCUUAUGCUUGUGAUCCUUCCAGUCUUCCAAAAUAUCCUCCAAGCAAGGAAAUGGAUGCUAAACUACGCGAUGAAGAAAGUAGAAGAUUGAGAGCAGCUGGAAAGGCUAGUGUGGAUGGUGUGAAGAAGACACGCUCACGUGACCGGGUUGCAAGGGCAAUUCCUGCUCCUGAAGCUAAUGCUGAGCUUCAAGCUAAUCUUGAUAGGCGGCGUUUAAUAACUCAUGCAAAUGCAAAGAGCAAAAGCGAGAAAUUUCCUCCUCCGCACCAAGACGGGACACUUGGUUAUCCAUUGGGCUCUUCACAUCACAUUGAUCCGGUUUUUGAUCCGCCUGAUGUACCAUUCAGUACCACAAAUUUCUCAUAUUCAAAAGCACCUAUCCAGACUUGGUCUGGGCCAUUGGUGGAUCCAGCGGCAGUUGGUGCUCCAAAAAGAAAGAAACAGAGAGAGAAAAAUUCUGCUCGGGCUGCAAAAGCUGAUGGUGCAGUCCUUGUUUCCAUUCCGGGAAAGCCAAGCAAAUUGCAAGGAGAGGGGGAACAGAAACCAGGCAAGAUGAUUGUGUUAGUUAUACCACCCAGUAAAGAGUGGGAUUUGAGACAUAAUAAGCAGAAAGGAGUUUGCUUUGGGUGCCGGAGCAACAGUAUAAAGUCAAAGGAUAAUCUGGUACCAGCUACGAUUCCAGAACCAACACAACACGAGAAAACAAGUACCAACCUUCGAGAGCUGAAUGAGAUAACCCGACCUGGCGGACCAGGAGGGCCUCCUCGUGGAGGGGGUCCUCCUGGUCCUGAAGGACCUGGACCAGGAUGGGGUCCUCCAGCUGAGGGGCCUGGACCUAUUUUUGUAGGUGGUUUCUUCAAUGGCUUGUGCAAUGCCAUCUCAUCAUGCUUCUACGUCUUGUGCUGUUGCUGGUUGAUACGGGAUUGCUUUGAGGGUCCACCUGGGCCUCCAGAUCCUCUAGGUUUUGGGGGGCCAUCAGGCCCGCCGGCUCCUCCUCCACCUCCACCUACACCUCUUGCUCCUCUUCCACCUCCCCCACCUGGGCCAGAAGGAGGCCCGCCUGGUCCACCAGGACCCCCACCUCCUUAA